AUGCCCAUCCCCCUCCUCAUUCAGGGCGCCGCAAGGGGAGUUAGUUCAAUCCCAUACGCAUGGACUGUUCUCAAGGUCGUACCAUGGAUUAUCCUCUUCGCAGUGCUGAAAUUCUAUUUCGGCGGAGCCCGCAACACCUCCGAGCGACUUAUGCAUUCUAAACGAAUUAUGGUUACGGGUGGAACAUCCGGUAUAGGUGCACAAGUUGUUCACGAGUUAGCAGCGCGAGGAGCCCAAAUCAUCCUUUUAACUCGCCAACCACCCUCGGACCUUUUCAUUGUCGAAUACAUCGAUGAUAUACGCAAUUCAACCGGGAACCAGAAUAUUUGGGCUGAACAGCUGGACUUGUCGUCAUUGCACUCUGUGCGCAAGUUCGCAACGCAGUGGAUCGAUAACGGCGAACCAAGACGACUAGACGGUGUUAUUUUGUGUGGAGGGUUAGCGGCGCCGUCUUCUACGAAGGGAAAUACAGUUGAUGGUAUCGAUGAAGAAUGGCAGGUGAAUUACCUUGCCAAUUUCCAUCUUCUGAGUAUUCUUAGCCCCGCGCUGAGGGCUCAGCCGGCACAUCGCGAUGUCCGAGUGAUUUUCACAACGUGUUCAGGGUAUAUUGGGGCAAAAUUCGAUCUCGACAGCGUGAAGACGGGUGCAUUGAAUGUUAAGAAUAAGAAGGCGGCUCCUAGGGGCGUUUACGCACUUAGCAAGUUCGCACUUAUGACUUUUGCACACUCUUUUCAGCGUCAUUUGAGUUCUGUCGCUAGACCUGAUGGGCUACCGCCUUGUACUAGGGUGUUGGUCGUUGAUCCGGGACAUUCGAGAACUCCUGGCACACGACGCUGGUUGACGGGUGGGUCGCUUUGGGGACUGAUGCUUUAUCUUAUUACGUGGCCUUUCUGGUGUUUGGUGCUUAAAUCUCCACAGCAGGGGGCGCAGAGUAUUCUUUAUGCUGCUAUGGAGGAAAGCUUUGGGCGUGGAGCCGGUGGAUGGUUUAUCAAGGAGUGUCGGGAGAUGGAUUGUGCGAGAGUUGAUGUGAGAGAUGAGGAUGUUGGGAAGAGGCUUUGGGAGUUUAGUGAGAAGCAGAUUGAGGAGGCGGAGAAGGCGGGGGCUGUGAAGAGAGCUUACGAGAAGAAGGAGAAGGAGGUUGAGAAGGAAAAAGAGGCGAGGAAGGAGAAUUCCUCUGCGAAGGCACAGACUGCUGGGUCUAGACGGAGUAAGAAGAAUAAAUAA